UUUCAUUCGGAAUCCAAUGGAAGGCAUCGAUCGUAUCUUCUCUUUCUAUUUUGGGGGUUUCCAGAAGUUACCAAAAAAACUUCUCUACUGCUGCUUUCGAGUGUCUACUGUGAAACUGGAUGCAUUUUGAUUUACAUAGCGUCCGGCAUCCCAACACCCUCUUCCCAAAUCUCGCCGGCGUCGGCGUGCCGUUUUUUGUUUUUAUGUAAAAACCAGAAAAAUGAGAGAAACCCUAGCAUCAACGUCAUCAUCGACGACGUCGGAUAGCACUACACCGAUCGAAUCAGCUUGGAUUGAUGCUCACGAACGAUUAUCACCUCGUUGGCAAUCAUCCGCUCUUUCUCCCCAGGCCAUAAUUCCGAUUGCAAUAUCCAGAGUUAACCAGGUGGAUGCAGGGAGGCUUGAUAUCGAAAUGUCAGCCAUGCUAAAAGAGCAAAUGGUUAAAGUUUUCUCUGUGAUGAAGCCAGGAUUAUUAUUUCAAUACGAAGCAGAACUUGAUGCUUUCCUUGAGUUUCUUAUAUGGAGGUUCUCGAUUUGGGUUGAUAAACCUACUCCAGGAAAUGCUCUCAUGAAUCUGCGAUAUAGAGAUGAACGUGCCAUGGAGAUGAGAGGAAAAAUUAGGACGGGGUUGGAGGGACCCGGACUCACCGUUCCUCAGAAAUUAUGGUAUUGUGUUGCCACAGUUGGUGGUCAGUAUAUCUGGACCCGUCUUCAGUCUUUUUCUGCUUUUCGUCAAUGGGGUGAUUCCGAGCAGAGAUCACUAGCUCGUCGAGCAUGGUUUAUAGUACAACGUAUUGAAGGAUUUUAUAAAGCCGCAUCUUUCACCAACCUGCUUGUUUUUCUUUACACGGGAAGGUACAGGAAUCUUAUCGAGAGAGCCAUACAAGCAAGACUUGUUUACGGGAGCCCUCAUAUGAACCGUGCUGUUAGUUUCGAGUACAUGAAUCGCCAAUUAGUUUGGAAUGAAUUCUCGGAAAUGUUGUUGUUGCUUCUUCCCCUUCUCAAUUCCUCUUCCAUGAAGAAUUUUCUUCGUCCAUUCUCGAAGGAUAACUCUUCAGGUUCGGCUGGAGAUGAAACACUUUGCCCCAUUUGUCAGGCGAAUCCAACGACCGUGUAUCUCGCUCUUCCUUGUCAGCAUAGGUAUUGUUAUUACUGUCUUAGAACGAGAUGUGCCGCAACUCCAUCAUUCCGGUGCUCGAGAUGCAACGAUCCAGUUGUUGCGAUGCAACGGUAUGGUGGUUCCAUCUAAACCCAAAAAUAAUUACUAGAAUGAGAUGAAAUUGUGGCACAAAAUGGGCCUUAAUGCGCCCCUUAUAUUAAUGAGGAAUGAAAAUUUCUUUGAAAACUGCUUCAUUUAGUUUUAUUAUCAUUCUUUCACAAUUGAUUAUAAAUUGUAGUAUAAAUAUUUCUCCAAUUUUUAAAAUAUGUCCGUG